CUAAGUUGCACGUUGUGGCGGAGUGAGAGUCACAUAAAGUAAUAAUAUUACUAUUACAUAACCCUCCCUCGGUCCCUUACUCCGCACAACCAAACCAAACUAAAAACUCUUUUCUGUUGUGUUGUGUGUGUUUCCUCGUUUGUCUGUGUCGCACAAUGGUGAGCUUGAAAGGGGGAACAAGGCCACCAUGGGUGGGGCUGGGAGCUUCGGUGUGGGUUCAGGUGGCAUCGGGAAAUGGUUACACUUUCCCGCUCUAUUCCCACUCUUUGAAGUCUGUCAUGGGAUUCAACCAGCAGCAACUCACACUCCUCGGUGUUGCCAACGACAUCGGCGAGAAUGUUGGUAUUCUUCCUGGACUUGCUUCCAACAACUUCCCUCCAUGGCUUCUCCUCUUCAUCGGUGCUCUCUUCUCCUUCAUUGGCUACGGCCUUCUCUGGCUCCCCCUCAGCCACACCCUCCCUUCUCUUCCCUACGCCUUGCUAUGGUUUUCCCUGGUUGUUGCAACCAACAGUUGUGCGUGGUUAACCACCGGGAUUCUUGUAACCAACAUGAGGAAUUUCCCUAUCAGCAGAGGCACGGUGGCCGGAAUCCUCAAAGGUUAUGGCGGCCUCAGCGCCGCCGUCUUUACUCAAAUCUACGGGAUAGUUCUUCACAAUUCAUCCUCCAAUUUCCUCUUGUUCCUUGCAAUUGGUAUCCCUGCUGUGUGCUUCAGCAUGAUGUUUCUUGUUAGGCCUUGCACUCCGCUUUCCACUGAAGAUUCCAAAGAGAAAGGGCAUUUUCUGUUCAUCCAAGCUUCAAGUGUGGUCUUGGGUUUAUACAUUCUUGCCACAAACAUAUUUGGUGACAUUCUCACCUUGAGUGGUGCACUUUCCUACCUCUUGGUGGCUCUCAUGAUUCUACUCCUCAUGGCUCCACUUGCUAUCCCUAUCAAGAUGACACUCUGUCCCAAAACAGGAUCCACCCGAUCACAAACACCUAAUGCCUCCUCGGAACGUUUGGCCCAAGAAGGAGCCAAAGAAGACAACACCGAGCCGCUGCUGGCGUCUUCCUCGGCCAGUGGGCUUGGAAGCUUCUACGACACGGAUCCCUCGGCCGAGGUGGCAAUGCUUCUGGCCGUGGGCGAGGGGGCCGUGAAGAAGAAGAGAAGGCCUAAAAGAGGGGAAGAUUUUAAGUUCACAGAGGCAAUAGUAAAGGCUGAUUUCUGGCUACUAUUUUUCAUUUACUUUGUUGGUGUUGGAACUGGGGUCACUGUAAUCAACAAUCUAGCACAAAUUGGCAUUGCACAAGGUGAGGAUGAUACCACUAUCUUGUUGUCCCUUUUCAGCUUUUUCAACUUUGUUGGUCGCCUUGGUGGAGGAGUCCUUUCAGAACAUUUUGUCAAAACGAAAACAAUUCCGCGCACGGUUUGGAUGACAUGCACUCAGGUAAUGAUGAUGAUCCUAUACAUCCUGUUUGCAUAUGCUAUCAAUGGGGCCCUAUACCCUGCCAUUGCACUUCUUGGAAUCUGCUAUGGAGUGCAAUUCACAGUGGUGAUUCCAACUGUGUCUGAGCUUUUCGGUUUGGAGCACUUUGGGAUGUUGAGCAACUUCAUAUUCAUGGGGAAUCCACUUGGUGCAUUCCUCUUCUCAGCACUUCUAGCAGGUACUGUGUAUGACAAUGAGGCUACAAGGCAACAAAGCAAGGGAAUCAUUCCUUCAAGUGCUUCUUGCUUGGGCCCUGAUUGCUUUAAGAUCACAUUCCUCACACUUUCUGCUGUUUGUGCUGUUGGUGCCUUUGCUGGUACCAUCUUGGCUGUAAGAAUUAAGCCUGUUUACCAAAUGCUUUAUGCUGGUGGUUCUUUCAAGUUGCCACAAACUUCUUCUUCACUUCACUAAUUCAAAAAGCAGAGAAACAAAGAUAGACCUGUUUCCUGCUUCCGGGACAUCAUCAUUGAUUUACUUAGUACACAAACUACUUUUUGCUUCAACAAGUGUGGCCCUACUUCAUCACUACUGUAUUUUGUUAUUAUAAAGUUUAGAUGGAUUUCGGUGUAUCACCUAUAAAAUGCUUGUUUUAGCAUGCAUGUUAGGUGGAAUUUGACAAAGUUAAAAUUGAUGAUCUUUAUAUGUACUCUUAGGUGUGAAUGGAAUUAAUCUAUUAUUAGAUGCGUUGAACGAUGGACUAUUGAGAAUCGAGA